AUGCCUUUGCUGCCUUGCUUAAAGAAAAAGAAGUCGCCUGUGCCUUUAGGCAGGAGUGUCUUUCAAAAACACAACCCAUCUGUCCAGCAGAACUACCAGGCUUUGCUAGAGACGUGCUUGAAGAAUAAGUGCCUGUUCACAGAUGAGAAUUUUCCUGCUCACAUCAGCUCUAUUGGAACGGGGGCGCUACUAAAGAAACUCCCCCCAAAGCUACAGUGGAAGAGGCCACGUGAUUUGCAUAGCACUCCAGUAUUUUAUGCUGCAAAUAGAAAGCAACUUGAUCUCUGCCAAGGAUUAGUGGAGAACUGCUGGUUCCUUGCUGCCUUGGAAGCACUGACAUUCCACCAGGAUAUCUUGUCUGCAGUUGUGCCACAAAACCAGAGCUUUGACAGGAAAUAUGCUGGCAUUUUCCACUUCCGGUUUUGGCACUUUGGUGAAUGGGUUGAUGUGGUGGUUGAUGAUCGCCUGCCAGUGAAUGAAGUAGGGGAGUUGGUCUUCGUUUCCUCAGUCUAUAAGAAUGUGUUCUGGGGAGCCCUUUUGGAGAAGGCAUAUGCCAAGCUCUAUGGCUCCUACGAAGAUCUGCAGAUUGGGCAAGUUUCAGAAGCCUUGGUGGAUUUCACAGGUGGUGUUAAUAUAACAAUCAAGCUGGCAGCAGCUCCUCCUGAUCUGUGGGAUAUCAUGACAAGAGCAACCUACAGCAGAUCUCUCAUGGGCUGUCAAACACAUUUAGGGACAACAAAGGUCCUGAAGAACGGGCUUGUAGCUGGCCAUGCCUACACGGUGAUUGGUAUUAGAAAGGUGACCUGUCACGGUGGACCAGAAAACUUAGUGAAACUGAGAAAUCCAUGGGGCAAAAUCGAAUGGAAAGGAGACUGGAGUGAUAGCUCUUAUAAAUGGGAGUUGCUGAGCCCAAAGGAGAAGAUUUUGCUGAGGAAAAAGAAGGAGGAUGGAGAAUUCUGGAUGUCACUGCAAGAUUUUAAGAUUCAUUUUGUAGAUCUGAUGAUCUGUAAACUAACUCCAGAUUUGAUGAGCCAGGAAGAUGGGAAGAAGUGGAUGUACUCACUGAAGAGUGGGAGAUGGGUUAAAGGAAGCACAGCAGGAGGAAGUCAGGGAUUCUGCAGUGACACAUUUUGGAUGAACCCCCAGUACUGGCUCAAAGUUUUACCUGCUGAAGACAGUAAAAAAAGCCUGGGCUCCUGCAAUGUGCUUGUAUCCCUGAUUCAGAAACACAACAGCAAACACCGGAAUCGAGCUCAUCACCUUUUCAUUGGCUUUUCCCUCUACAAGGUGUGAAGGAAUUUCCAGGAAGGCAACAAAAAACUGCCUCCAGCGUUUUUUACUUGGCAUCAGCCUGUGAACAAACACCAGCGCUUUGUGGAUGAGCGGGAAGUGACUAGGGACUUCCACCUGGAGCCUGGUGUCUAUGUGAUUGUCCCAUCCACCCUGGAGCCUCAGCAGGAGUCUGAAUUCAUCCUACGAGUCUUCUCCCGGAAGCAUGUCCUUCGGGAGAUGGGUGGGAACCCCAGCUUCACCCUGUCCAAGGAAAUUGUUGAUAGGUAUGAAGGCAAGAUUUGGGAAGAUUUCUUCACAAAGCAUUUUGAACAGAAUCCUGAAAUAAAUGCUGUUCAGCUCCAGAGGAUCCUGAAUAAUGUAUCUUGGAGAAAUUUCCAGAGCUUUCAUCUGAAGUUCAGUCUGGAUGCCUGCCAGGGUAUCUUGGCACUCCUGGAUCUGAAUGCCACUGGCACACUAAGUAUUCAGGAGUUCAGAGUCCUGUGGAAGAGGCUGCUUUUCUACUUGGAAGUUUUCCAGAAAAGAGACAUUAACAGAUCUGGAAGCCUUGACUUGGUGGAACUGCAUGCAGCUGUACAGGAGACAGGCAUCUCACUCAGCAAUGAAGUCUGUAACCUGAUGGCAAUCAGAUAUGGCAAUCCUGACUUGCAGAUCAGCUUUGAGAGCUUUGCCUGUUUCAUGCUUCGAGUGGAGAUCAUGGGAGAGGCCUUUCGCAACUUAACGCAAGAUGGCAAAGGAAUAUACCUCCGUGAAUCUGAGUGGAUGAUGAUGACUUUGUACUCCUGAAGCUGCGCUGUAAAGGAGAGGAC